GCAUCUCUGCGCAGCCACCGGGAGAGAGAAAGAGAGAGAGAGAGAGCGCGAGUGUGUGAGAGUGAGAGAGAAAGAGUGGGAGCUUCGUUGUCCAAGUCAUCUACAGAGGGAUGAAGCUUCGGCGUAAAUAUCCUCUUUUUGUGUCCGUUUAAGGUCCCCUUAAACUUGGUCCAAGAUGAGUGAUGGAAUGCUAUCAUUGUCGUGGAAUAACCACAAAGCCACAUUCUGCCAUGUACUUUCCACACUCAGGGAAAAGGAAAAAUACACGGACGUCACUGUAGCGUGUGAAGGACGGUUUUACCCGGUGCACAAACUAGUUUUGUCAACGUGUAGUGAAUAUUUUGAAAAGAUUUUUGACAAUACACCAUGCAAACAUCCAGUGAUAGUAUUAAAAGACAUAGCAUGGGAUGAGUUAGAAGCGUUGUUAAGUUAUAUGUACGAUGGUGUGGUUAGUGUUGCUCAAAAUGACCUUGCUCGAUUGAUCAAGGCAGCGGAAGUGUUAAGAAUAAAGGGGUUAGCUGUCCCUGAUGAACCUCCACCAACUAGAAAUGAUGUCAGCAGUAGAAAAUCUACGUUUCGAAGUUCUGACGACAGAAGUAGUCCACAUCCAAAGCGUAGAAAAAGAGAAGAAAAUGCUCCUCAAAGUAGUGUAUAUAGAUCUCCCUCCUCCUCUCCGAUCAGAGCGUCCCCAGGUCUUUCAGAAUCCGAACCAAAUAGAACACAGACAGACACUCGGUGGAAAGACCACAUGAGUGAACAGUCUUCUGACAGACCUUUAGAUGACAGAUUGCAUCAAUCUGCAUCUGCUACCUCAUCGUCCCCAAAAGCACCUGUGGAGGUUAUGGUGGAUGAAAGUCUUGUCAAAGAGGAGGUUGAGGAUACUGUAGAUAAUAGAGAUGAUGUGAUAGAUGCAGGGAUGGACUAUGGAUCUUUAGGGAGUGAUUCUAAGUUAGAUGGUUCAGUGGGGGAUGAAGAUGGGCAAAUGUUACCUAAUAAAUUUGAACAGAAUAUUAGUUCCCAGUCAGAAUCGCAAAGUCAGCCGUUACCUGAUGCAGUUGUAGAGGCUUUAGCUGGCCCCUCAGGGAUGCAAGGGUGGUUGGGUGGGUGCGAUGUGCCUGGUAGUUUCUCCGGAAUGGAGGGAUAUAGUGGCGAUGGUAGCCAGGAUGUGCACCCACCCCAGCAGGGGCCACCUGUCAGUGGUGUUCAGUCAGGAGCACACCAGAUGAUGGAAGAUGAUGUAGAAGCUUUGUGGACCGAAGUGCUGACAUCUGGAAAUUGGCAACCCACUCCCAUGGAUAAGCAAGCACCUGAAAUAGAUACCCAGCUCAAGCAGAUUCCAGUCAAAGAAAAGCAUGCGUCUUGUCCUGCCAAAGAAACACAAGAUAGUGGUCCACAACUGUCCAUAAAAGAGACUUUUUCCAAAAAGUUGCCAUCCAUUACCAUCACAGAAAUCCCACGUCAGCGUCAGCUGAGUGACUUUAUUCCGACAGAUGUCCCCUCUUUGAGAACCCAGUAUGAAAGUCGAAUGGGAGCAGUGAUGCCCUUCUCUUGUCCUCACUGCUCUUACACUGGAAUGCGAAAAGACCUGUUAAAGCUUCAUGUUUUGACCCACACCGGAGAGAAUCCAUUUUUCUGCCCUUACUGCUCAUACCAGGCCCCUUACAUAGACCUGUUAGAAGAGCACGUUCAUGUCCAUACUGGUGUACAGCCAUAUCACUGCCCCUACUGUCCCCUUAACUCUCAUGAACGAAGUGACUUGCAAAGCCACCUUUCCACACAUGUGAAAGAAAAGCCUUUUGUAUGUACAGAGUGUCCUUUCCGUGCCACGCAGAAAUUACUCUUAGACUUACAUGCGCAGAUUCACAGUGAGACCGAAAACCCCAGUGAUUAAUUGAUAAGCAUUGCUGUAGUUGAGUUUGAUUACAAGAUUAAUCAAUAAAGAAAAAUAAAAUUAGAUAUUUUGUUGCUUGUUAUAUGUAUUUCAGUUAAAAAAAAGUAAUGGAAGUUUUACAUUUUUGUUGGAGGUCUUAAAAAUGUAAGGCUAGAAAUUCUCCAUUCCCUGAAUACGGUACUCAGAAUUUUUUCCACUCUUCAAGAGAUUAAGUAACCUCUGACUGAUUUAGAGAGUGAGUCUAGUGAAUGUGGUUGUUUACAUUUUUUGAGAUUAAUAUCACCCUAAUCAUAGACACAGUUUAAUUGUUUUGACAAUUUGCUUUAGGAUUUUGCUGUAUUAGGACUAAACUCUUCCAUAAGGAGGUAUGUAAAGUGUACUUGUGUUUAUGUUUGAAAUGUUUUAUAUUAAUAAUCUGCCAGUGUUAAUAACGCUGGUCAUAGUUUUUAUUCUGCUUUACAGCUUGGCGUUGCUUAUACUGUUAAGUGGUACUAAUCAUACUAAGAGUUUUUACAUCAUAUUCUAAUACUUUUAGGUGACACUAGUUUUAAGAAAUCUGACAAGAAACCAUCUAUAAUUUUUAACGUAAAAACCGGUGUGUUAAUACAUUCGGGAAAGAAAAUAUCAUAAGGUUUUUUUUUUUCAAACUUAAAAGAUUGUCUUUAUUUUUUAUUAAGUCUUGAUAGUUAUACGUAGGUUUCAUAUUCUUAAAUUGUCAGAUAUGUAGUACAUACUUUAAUUGAUUAAAUGAAGCAAAAAAUUAAAGACUAGGUUCCUUUUGUGAGGAAAUGUAAGGUUUUAAUAAUGAUAUAUAUAUUUAAAUUGCAGGAUAGGUAAUGUUAUUGUAAAAUGAUGCAACUUAUGAAAGUAAAUGUGUAUUCAGAUUUGCACAGCUCAUUUUGCCUUGAAAGGCGGCAUAUCUGUGCAUGAUUUUUCCCACACUAAUCGUAGCUUAUUUGAUGCUACAUUAACCAUGUUAAGAAAACAAUUAUUAUUAGUACUAAGAUAAGUAGCAACAACUACCUUAAAACAAGAAACCUUUUUAGCAUUUCUUCACUAUUUUGUGCAUCACUUUCAUUUUUUUUAAAUAAUUGUAAUUUUGCCCCGUAUAAUUUUUCAUUCUGGGGUUCUUGUCAGGAAGAUAAAUGUUGGAAGACAAAAACUUUAUGGCAAGACUAACCUUAGACAAACAGUCACCCCUUUGAUUUAGUGGUGACCUAAAUCAUUAGUAGGAUUCUGAGUUGAAUGUGUUUUCCACAGGACUUUGCAAAGGCUGACAUAGAUCUGAAGUUGAAUUAAUUUGACUCAUGACUUUCACUCUAUCCAUGAGAGUGCUGAUCUUGCUAGUACUGCUAUCCUGCAAAUCGCUUCAUAGGGAUUCAGUUAAGAGGAUUAUUGUUUGGUAAGUUUAAUCCUUGAGCGCCCCUUUUGUGCCUUAGGAGUUGCUUAGUGCUAGAUUGACUGCCAACUAAACACUGUCUGCUCCUUUUAUACUUCCUAUAGCAUCACAGUUAACAUUAGUUGUUGCUACUUGUUGAUUGAUUGAUUGAUUGAAUGUUCUCAGGCACUGGGGCUGCUACUUGUUGAGUCACAAAGGUGUUUUUUAUUUUUGCUUUAAAGUUUUAUGAUAAUAUAAAUGUUUUAAUGUAUGCUACAGUAUGUCUGAGUAACGUAUCUUCCACAAUUGAAAAGAUGGUGUUUGCACUUUAUGGUUGGGACUCUUGCCUCACCAGUAGUAGUUGGUCUUGUGUUCGAUUCUUAAGUGACCUGAAACACUGUGGGCGCACUCCUUUGAGUCCCAUGUGCCUCUGAUGACCUAAGCAAUACAUUGUGUACCUGGUAGUUAUUGGACUCGGAUGGGUUGUAACCAUUGCAGAAAAGAGAAUGAGGAUAGUAUUAGCAUCUCAAAAGACUUCUAGAGUCACCCUGUAAGGGGAAAGACUUGUGAUGUACAAAGGGUAUAAAUUGCCCUACAAUGUCUAAUAUAAAGAAAUUGCACUGCAUAAUCAUCAUAUAUGAUUUAUAUAGUACAUAUACGUAUAGUAUAUUUGUAAAUAUGUAUACAGUCUUAUCAACAUUCAUAACAUGCACACACUUGUGGAACAAGUCAUAUUGACGUCUGUGUGGCCUAGCAAGCUUUUACAGAGCAAAUCGCAAACAUGUGGAAAACAAGAAAUGAAAGUGAAAAGAUUUAGUACAUACACGUUCAUUAAUAAACAAGAAUUUUUAAACAAGUGAAGAAAAUGACUUAAGUAAUAUUCAAGUUUUUAAGGUAGUAAUAGAGCCUCUUGAAUCUAAGAUCAUCAGCAUCCAGAAUGUUGCCUGGAGAACUCUUCUACAUCUUUGCAGUUGCAGUGAAAUGAAAGGGAGCCACCCCUUCAGGCAUUCAUAAAGGUCGCUGGCAAACUGCUGACAUCUAGACAGUAGCGCAAAGCAUGUAGAGCACGUGAUAUGAGCACCAUAUAAAUGAUAAAGAGAAUGAAGUUCAUGUUGCAUUAUUCAAGCUUUCAAAAAGCAAAGUGAUGAACAGAACCGAGUGGCUUGUGCCUUUUUGGCUUUAAUGGUUAUUUUUUACGAUAAAUAUUUUAUAGGGGAUUUGAUCUCUUUCAGUCGAAGCUAUUCUUGUCCUCCACAUAGAUUUAGAUUAAAACUAGCUUGUAUUGAUAAUUAUUUUAAUGAUUGAGUUAUAGUUUUAACGGUGGCACUUAGGGUAAGAGUCGUGAAUUUCUUCUCAUUGUUAGAUUAGCAGAAAGUUUGCUUAAGUCUUUAUGUAAUGAUGGUCAUAACCAAAAGAAUACUGUUGUGAAUUGGCUUGAUCUAUUAUUGUGCUUCACGUCACAUUUUGUUCACAGAGGGAAUUCGUAUUUUCCACAAUGUUCUUCUGUUUCUGCAAAGUAUAACUGUUAUUGGGCUUUAUUUCUUGAAUUAGGAAAAUAGAAGGAUUAAAAGUAUGAAUUUUUGUGAACUAGAUGUGUCUUAGGAUAAGAGUAC